AUGACAUCACUUAUUACUAUCGAGAAUUCAAAUUCUGUGUGGCACCCGCCGACACCAUUUCUGAAUCACCAAACGAGAGAGCAUACUGAUUCGGAGAGACUCAGAUUCUUCUUGUUCGCUCCUCCCAACUUGUCCUUUAACCCUCCUGUUCUGCUCAUUCAAACACUUUUCGACAGUCGGAGAAGUACGAUGAUGUCCUAUCAGCCGUGGAUGACUUCUCUUAUGAAUUCGAAUGUUCCGUCUCCAUUUCCAAUGAACAGUCCGUAUCCUAACGGAUUUCCAACCCCGUUGAUCUUCUCCCCUAACACGACGUUCAAUUUUUGUAUUUCUGAUAAUUCUAACUAUACUUCGGACACCUCAACUUCCACUAUAUCCACUCCAAAGUCAUCUCCAAACGUUCCCGAACCGAAGACUCCAUUCUUCGAUUUCUCGAACUGCGAACUAAUGAGCUGGGAUGCAGAGAGUAUGGGUAUGACACCCGAGGAGCAUUUGGAAUGGAUGUCAAUGGACGAUCAAGAAAAGAAGAAAUUGGAGAGAAAGAGAGCUCGUAACAGGCAAGCAGCCAGCAAAUGCCGUCAAAAGAAAAUGGAUCGCAUCAAAGAAUUGGAGGAUCAGGUUUUGUGCGAGAAACACCGUGGACAACGUCUGGAUGCAGAGCUCGUUGAAUUGAACAGAGCUCUCGAAAACUUCCGUCGAAUGGUCGAUCGCCACUCAACAAAUGGAUGCGCAAAUAACUCAGUCCGUGCUUAA